UUAUUUUGUGUAGUCUUGGUUCCCAAGUGAUGCCAAUUUCAGUCGAACGCAACAUAACUUUUAAAACUAUAUAUAUGAAUUAUUGAAAAUGGAUUGACUUUCACAAAGUGCCACGUGAAACCCAAUUUUAUAUUGAGAUGAGUGUUAUUCUUAUGAUCCGAAAUAGAAGGCAUGCAUACAAUCAUCUUAGGAUACACUCCCAUGGUGACUAUAAAUAAAGGAAAGUCAGGAAAUGAAAAAUCACACUCAGUACUCAUAAUAAACCCUAAAGCGAAGAACAUAGAGAAAGUUGUCUCAAAUGGCUCAAUAUAGCCCACAUCUCAUUGUUGUAGCCCUCUUGGGACUACUCCAAAUAAUGGUUGCUGCAGCUCCAACUCCUUAUCCAACAGAAAUUCCUUAUCCUCCAACUACACCUACCACUCCAACACCAACAACACCUUCUCCAACACUCCCAAUACCAACAACACCUUCUCCAACACUCCCAACACCAUCACCUCCUACUACUUCACCACCAGUAGUAACACCAUCCCCAAAAGCUCCAAAACCAUCACCUUCUACUCCGAAACCCCCAAAACCAACACCUUCUCCAAAACCCCACAAACCAUCACCUUCUACUCCAAAACACCCAGAGCCAUCGCCUUCUACUCCAAAAAACCCAAAGCCAUCACCUAGUACUCCAUCACCCAUAAAACCUUCUCCAAAAGUCCCAACACCGUCACCUUAUCCUCCAACAACACCUUCUCCAAAACCCCCAACACCAACACCAUCACCCACAACACCUUCUCCAAAACCCCCAACACCAUCACCCACGACACCUUCUCCAAAACCCCCAACACCAUCACCCACGACACCUUCUCCUAAACCCCCAACACCAUCACCCACAACACCUUCUCCAAAACCCCCAACACCAUCACCCACGACACCUUCUCCUAAACCCCCAACACCAUCACCCACAACACCUUCUCCAAAACCCACAACACCAUCACCAUAUCCUCCACCAUCUCCUACUACUCCAUCACCAACAACUCCUUCUCCAAAACCCCCAACUCCAUCUCCCACCACUCCGACACCAUCACCCCCAAAACCAUCCCCCACUACCCCGUCACCAACACCACCUACCCCUACUCCAUCUCCACCAUCACCAACACCACCUACCCCUACUCCAUCUCCACCAUCACCAACAACUCAAACACCUUAUCCUCCUCCAACCCAAUCCGAUGCUGGAGUUAAGAGGGCUAGAUGUUGGAAUAGGAACUAUCCUCAAUGUUACAAUACUGAACAUGUAUGUCCCAACUCUUGCCCUGGUGGAUGUGAGGUCGACUGUGUAACCUGCAAGCCAGUUUGUAAAUGUGACCAACCUGGAGCAGUGUGCCAAGAUCCUCGUUUCAUAGGUGGAGAUGGCAUCACUUUCUACUUCCAUGGUAAGAAAGAUAACGAUUUUUGUCUGCUAUCUGAUUCUAACCUCCAUAUAAAUGCCCAUUUCAUUGGCAAGCGUAACUCAAAUAUGAAAAGAGACUUCACUUGGGUUCAAUCAAUUGGAAUUCUCUUCGGUAAGCACCAACUCUCCAUUGGUGCACUUAAAACUGAUACAUGGGAUGACUCAGUUGACCGUCUCUUCAUCACCUUUGAUGGUGAGCCAAUUAUCCUACAAGAAUCCAAAGGUGCUCGAUGGCAAUCCAACAAUGCCCCAAGUGUUUUUGUAGUAAGAGGUGUUGACACUAACAAUAUCAUGGUGGAGAUUGAUAGAAUGCUUAGAAUCACUGCAAAGGUUGUGCCUAUAACUGCAGAGGAAUCAAGGAUUCACAACUAUGGUAUAACGAAAGAGGAUACCUUUGCCCAUCUCGAACUUAGAUUCAAGUUCUUCUCUUUAAGUAACGAAGUAACUGGUGUGUUAGGCCAAACAUAUAGGCCAGACUACACGAGUCGUGUGAAUGUUGGAGCAAAAAUGCCUGUAAUGGGUGGAGAAAGAGACUUUAAAACUUCAAACUUGUUUGCUACUGAUUGUGUUGUUGCAAGGUUUAAUGGAAUCAACAAUAAAGAUGAAGAUACUUUAGAAGGUUUAGAUCUACCGAGCUUAAGUUGUGGUAGUGGAAUAAACGGACAAGGAGUUGUCUGCAAAAAAUGAUGAGAUAGAUCACUCCCUCUAUACAGUUACAAAUGGUAAUUGAUGUUCAUUUUUCAGCAAAUAAAGUCAUUAUAAAACAUGGAAAGUCAAUGAGACUAUUCAGUGUAAUUUGUUCUCUUAAAGAUGAAUUUAUAUAAUUUUAUUUUAAAUAAUAUUAAUGUGAAAGACAUAAGUUUUUAUCAAUCUUUCUUAUCUAUAGUACUAUUAUGAUUGUUUAAUUUGUUCACUUACGUUCAAUAUCACAUGUUCUUGCUACU